AUGAGUUUCACAAAUAUUUUUCGGAAUAUAUAUCAAAAUCACCCUUUUUUACCAUUAAUUGAUGAGGAACAGAAAUAUUUUCGUAUGCGAAAAGAAAUAUUAGGUCAACCAACACCUCGACAAUCAAAAGUGGCCAUGAGUGCAGCCCUGGCUGACAUUGACAACGAUCCACCAGAUGAUGAUGAGAAACAACAACCAAACCCAGACCCAAAAAAAUCUGAAGAAAACAUCUCAAACAUUAACCAAAAAUUCUUUACUCAUCUUACCUGUGAAAAACGCUUCAAAACAUGCAAACGAGAUAUGCAUCAAGUAUACCAUGAAACAUUCAAAGAUACACCAGCAAUGUACACAAAACUAAUCUUCGGCAAUCGCAUCCGUCGUCAAACACACAAUGAACUGAUACACAAACGGCCCAAUAAAAAAUUGUUACAAAACACAACAAUAAUUAAAAAUAAAUUCGAAAAACAAACUAUGAACCAACAACAAACUACAAUUAUCCCCGAGCCUCCAUCAACCGAAUACAAAUGA